AUGUUGAAUGUUGACAAUAUUAAUCGCCAGGUCAGUUAUGUCGUUUUGGCAUCAAUUCAAACUACACUUGUGGUCUUGUGGUCUCUUCCGGGAAGAGAAAAAGCACGUUCAACCUUGCCAGCUGCCAUUUUGGGUGUGGCUGCAGCACUUGCACUGGGCGUUCUAUCAAACCUGGAGCAUGCCCGAUCAAUAAAACCCCCAGCACUGAUAGAAAUCUACCUUUUUUUUACAAUUCUUCUCGAUGCAGUUCGCGCGAGAACGAUAUGGAAACUGAGCUCUGACAAGACCGUAUUUAUCGUGUUUAUCAUAUCCAUGUUCGUGAAAUUCGCACUUUUCGUUCAAGAAUCUUGGCCUCGUCAAAGUUACCCGUCAUCAGAUUCCUACACUCCCGAAGAAAAGGCCGGAUGGCUUAAUAGACGGCUAUUCUGGUGGAUUAACCCCUUGCUACUACUUGGAACUCGCAAAUCACUCGAAAUGAAAGACCUUCCCGAAUUGAGCCAUGACCUCCGGUCUCAGGAAUGCUGGAAAAGCUUUUCUGAAAGCUGGAAAGAAGCAAGUCCCAUUUUCAAAACGAAAUGCAAUGGGCUUUUACUUUUCAGCUGCUGGGCGUUUAAAAGCAUGCUCCUAAAAGCGGUAGUUCCUCGCCUGUGCUUUACAGGAUUUACCUUCGCCCAGCCAUUUCUGAUUGACGCGGUAACCAAGUACCUGCAAAAUUCCGCCUCAGAGGCCAAUCUAAGUCAGGGACAUCUCCUCAUUCUUGCUUACAUUAUUGUUUAUAUUGGAAUUGCAAUAUCCGAGGCUUGUUAUCAGUAUAUGACUUAUCGCACAAUCAUCCUAAUGCGCGGAUGCUUGGUGCCACUGAUCUACGAGAAGACACUUUCGAUAAAAAUGAAAGCCGGUCAGGAGUCUGCCCCAUUGACUUUAAUGAGCGCCGACAUUGAGAAGAUUGCGUUUGGAAUGCGCUACAUGCAUGAAGCUUGGGGAAAUGUCAUUGAGAUUGCUUUAGCGCUUUGGCUUUUAUAUGAUCAACUCAAAUAUGGAGGUCUCAGCCCUAUUUUGAUCGCAACAUUAUGCGGAAUCGUGGCAGCGACGAUGGCACCUGCGAUAGGUCAUCGGCAAGCGAAAUGGGUAAACUCGAUUCAGAAAAGACUGGGUGUAACCUCUUAUAUGAUCAAUUCGAUGAAGAGCUUAAAGUUGGAAGGCCUCACCUCGUGGUUUAUGAAUAGCAUCCAAAACCUUCGAAUUGACGAAAUAAAAUACGGAAACCAAUUCAGAUCUUUUCUUAUCUAUGCUGUCAGUCUCUCAUUCGGUACUACCGUCAUAUCGCCAGUUGUAGGAUUUGGGAUAUUUGUCGCAACGUCAAAUGGCCCUCUCACUACCCACAAAGCUUUUACUACGCUUGCUUUGUUCUCGGUUCUCCAGACACCAAUGUCAAUGCUCUUGCAAGCUGUUCCAAAUCUGAUAUCAGCCCUGGGAUCACUCGAGCGUAUUCGACUCUUUCUUCUGACCGAGGAUCCACCACAGGAGAUCACGUAUAAAACAUUACAUAAAUCCGACCAAACGCUAGACACUUUAAUUGAGCUCAAAUUCACGCAAGCUGAACAUCCCAACACCAUUGUCGCUGAAAACUGGAGUACCGGUUGGGACCAUGACGUUCCAAUUAUCAAGAAUAUAACAUUCAGAAUCGAUUCCUCCUCACUGGCAGUAAUUUGCGGGCCAACUGGGUGCGGCAAAUCCACUUUUUUGGCGGGGCUUCAGCGUGAAACUCCAUACGAGAAUGGUCAUUUGAGAUGUCAGACUCUGGGAGCCGCAUACUGUGCUCAAGAACCCUGGUUGCAGAACGGUACCAUUACGGAUAAUGUUAUUGGACCGUCAGCCUACGAAGCAAGGUGGUAUCGCGAAGUUGUUGAGGCCUCAGGUCUAAGCAAGGAUAUUAAUCUACUCCCUUUGGGAUCCCACACCAUGGUUGGAAGCAAAGGUUUAUCGCUCAGCGGUGGGCAGAAACACAGAGUGGCAUUGGCUAGGGCGCUGUACUCAAGAAAAGCGCUACUCCUCCUUGAUGACAUUUUUAGUGGCUUUGACACUGGCACUGAACGGCUAGUUAUGACAAAUUUGUUCGCUGAAGAUGGCUUUUGUAAGAAGCAUAAAGUUACAGUGAUUCUCGUAACACAUUCAGCGAAUGCCAUUUCAUUCGCCGACCAAGUUAUUUCCUUGGACAAAAAGGGCCAUCUGAUUGAAAACGACGGUUCCUUAUUAUCAGUCUCAAUGAAGAUGAGUACAACUGAUCUCCAUGAAGAUGCAGUAGACAAGGGUAACAUGAGACAUGGCAUUGCUCGGAAUUCCAAUCUUCAAGUCGAACUGGCAGCGCAGGUUGAGACUGCAGAAGCUAGUCAAAAAAUAGGCGAUUACGAGAUUUACCAAUAUUAUCUUGGAAUAGUCGGAUGGUUAAACACAAUCGUGUUCUUCGUCGCGGUUGCAGUAUUUACAUUUGGUCUAACAUUUCCAAGUGUAUGGGUCCAGUGGUGGGCAGCUGCUGAUGAAAAGGAUCCAAACCAUCACCUUGCUUUAUAUUUGGGGGUUUAUUCAUUCCUAGCAGUUUUGGCGGAGGUGGCGUUAUUCUUGGGUUUACUGACGCAAUGCACGCAUCUCAUGUCCAAUAUGAUUCCUAGGGCAUCCCAAAAGUUACAUUUUAUUCUACUUGAAACUGUUUUGCGAGCGCCGAUGUCCUUUUUUAAUUCUACCGACUCCGGAGUGACUAUCAAUAGAUUCAGUCAGGACUUACAAUUAGUCGACAUGGAACUCCCACUUGCUAUUGUUGAGACGACUGCUGCUUUUGCACUUUGCAUAGCACAGCUGAUUAUUAUUUUCGUGACGGGAAAAUACAUUGCGGCUAUUAUUCCACUUUGCCUGGCAGUUUUCUAUUUACUUCAAAAAUUCUACCUCAAGACCUCUAAGCAACUCCGAUUCAUGGAACUGGAAGCCAAAUCGCCACUGUACUCAAAAUUCAUGGAGACAGUAAGCGGACUCACUACUAUACGUGCUUUCGGAUGGCAAAAACACUUCCUUGAACAGAACUGCAGUUUAACAGAUGCUUCACAGAAUCCCUAUUACCUUCUGUUUGUCAUUCAACGCUGGUUAACCCUUGUAUUGGACUUUACUGUAGGUGGAAUAGCCGUCCUGAUUGUCGGUGUUGCUGUGGGCGCUCACGGAUCCAUUGGGGCCGGCUCCGCUGCGCUUGGUCUUCUCAACAUUAUCAACCUGAGCGAGAGCUUUAAGCAACUGAUAUCGAAUUGGACAGUUUUAGAGACGUCGAUUGGUGCUGUCUCGCGUGUUAAGCAAUUUAAGGUAGAUGUCCAACCAGAGCAAGAAUUGGAGGAUCCAUUGAUAGUUUCAGAAAGCUGGCCCGAAAAUGGGCAUAUCGAAUUUCACAAUGUCUCCGCCUCUUACAGCCAAGAUGGCAAACCAGUUUUAUCUAACAUGAACUUAUCAAUAUCGGCUGGCGAAAAGGUUGCCAUCUGCGGACCUAGUGGAAGAUCACUGGAAGCUAGUGAAGGAACCGUUGCCAUCGAUGGGUUGGAUAUUAGUACAGUCUCUCACGAUCAAAUCCGUUCAUCCAUUUGCUGCAUACCUCAAGAAGUCACUAUUCUUCCCGGGACGAUCCGUCAGAAUAUUGAUCCACGCGGGAUUUCGCAUGACAAUGAUAUUGUGGAAGUAUUAAAAGAAGUCAGGCUUUGGGAUAGAAUAUCAACAGGUCUCGGUGGCUUGGAUGGGUAUAUCCAUGGAGAUACCUUCUCUCAGGGGCAGAGGCAGCUAUUGCGGCUGGCUUCAGCCGUACUGAGAAUACGUAAAGUGGUUGUGCUUGAUGAGGCUACAAGCAGGUAA